AUGGACCAAGUUCUGCGGCUUUGCGGAGCCCAUGAUGUCAAGUUUACUAGUUUGUUGCUUCAAGUGAUCGUUCGAGCAUUGAGCGAAACCUUGCCCAAUAAGACUUCUACUGGCAAUCGUGCUGGAAGUUUCAUUGCACUGACUGUCGUGGACCUGCGUCACCUACUCAAAAACAUCGAAUCAGACGAUAUGGCAUGCCCAGGUCCCACCGCCUCUUUUGAACUCUCCAGCCGCAGCAAACUUGAAGACUGGAAGGAUUGGACCAAUACCGAAAGCGAAAGCCCAGUCUGGAUAGCAGCCCGCAAGACCACCCAGGACCUUGCCAAGUGCGCCAGCACUCUACAUGACCAACCGAUCGGCUUACUAUCUUACCUCAGCAAAUUUCGCCCUUGGAUGCAAGGAGAAGCUGAGAAGGACAGAGACGGUUCAUACGAAGUAAGCAAUCUCGGAGUCUUUGAUCCUAUGGCAAGCUCGCAAGAGGGUGCUUGGGGCGUUGAGUCCAUGCUCUUUGCUCAACCGGCGAAUAUGACGGGUAGCUGUCUUGCUUUCAAUGUCGUCACGAAGAAAGGAGGCGAUACUACUAUUUCUCUGACUUGGCAGAAAGGAACUCCUGAUGUGAUGGAGGAAGAGGAGUUUAUCUCUCGCAUGUGCCAGCUUGUAACAAAGUAUCUGGGAGAAGUUGAUGAACAUGUCGUUGGUUGUAAUGAUAGGUCAGUGAGCAACCAGUAA